UCCAUACUCGGUACUCAUACCCGGUCGAUGGUGCAUCGCCUUUUCUCCCCACCGACUCUGAGUCCCUUCUAGGGUUUUACUUGCCCUAUUGGAGCAGGAAUACGGCGAGAAGAGUCUCUUUUUCGCCCCUCAUUCGAUCUCAGAUGGCGGGUGGGACCGUUGGAUUCCCGGCGGAGGGAGGCGGCCCCGCCGGUCACAACCUCGCUCGCACCUUCAAAUACCUGAUGGCAACGCAGUUCCUCUCGAGGGGAAUACCGUUUAUAUUUAAUUCAUGGAUCGUGAGGCACCUCACAGAAGCCGACUAUGCGCUUUAUGCAGUACAAUUUCAACUUUUUGUUACCUGCAUCUUAUUCUUAAGCCGUGAGGGUUUUCGCCGUGCAUGCAUGCGCACUGAUGUUCGAAGUGAUGGCUUACCAAUGGAAGAAAAUGCUGCGAGGUUAUUGAAGGUAGCUUGGAUGACUUUUCCAAUUGGCAUUUUUUUUACUUUUGCAGCCUGCAUCUUUGUAUUCUGGUUUCAGAAACUCAGUUUUUCUGAACCAUAUGCGCAAGCUAUAUUGAUCCAUGGAUUUGCUUGUUUAUUGGAGUUACUGGCAGAGCCACUUUAUAUUCUUUCUCAGAACUUGCAUCUCCUUAGAUUAAGACUGUUGGUCGAAACUGCAGCAACUAUUCUACGUUGUGCGACAACCUUCGUCCUCAUUGUAAAACAAAAUAACAUGGAAAAGGGAAUUGUAUUUGCUUUCUCCCAGGCUGCAUAUGGUGCCAGCUUGUUUUUAGGAUAUUGGUUUUAUUUUCUCCUCUUUCGUAUCGUCAGGAUUUCUUAUCUGUUUCCUUUCAGAUUAUGGAACUUGAUGGACUAUGAUAAACAACUUUGGCACAUGUGCGUAUUAUUUACUGGCCAAUCUGUGCGAAAGUUGAUUCUUCAAGAAGGGGAGAAGCUGGUUCUUGUAUGGUUGGAUACGCCCUAUAACCAGGCUGUAUAUGGUCUCGUGGACAAGUUAGGAAGUUUAGUCGUGAGAUUGGUUUUUCUUCCUUUUGAAGAAAGUUCAUAUGCAACUUUUGCAAAAUUAGCAUCAGGACAAUCACCCCAAAGGAACACAAGAUUACAGAGUUCUUUAGUAGAAGCCCUGAAGCUUGUUUUGCUGAUCGGCCUCGUGGUAAUAGCAUUUGGUCCAAGCUACUCAUAUACUCUCAUCAGAAUACUUUAUGGGAAGAAAUGGAGUGAUGGAGAAGCUCCAGCCGCCCUCCGUUAUUAUUGCUUUUAUGUCAUCACCUUAGCCAUGAAUGGGACAUCUGAAGCUUUUCUACAUGCAGUUUCAAAUGAGAGUCAGCUUAGGAAGUCGAAUGAUUCAUUGCUCAUAUUCUCUGGGAUUUACAUUGUACUAAAUAUCCUCCUGAUUCGAUCUGCCGGAGCAAUAGGAUUAAUUGCUGCUAAUUCAAUGAAUAUGAUGCUAAGAAUUAUAUAUUCUGCAGUGUUCAUCAAACGGUAUUUCCAGGAAUCUUCUUCGUUUUCUUUUUACCGAUGCUUGCCAUCUGGAUGGACCAUUCUGCUACUUUGCAGUGCUACAACACUCCUAUCCGAGAGAAUAUUUCUUGAUAAGGAUAACUUCUGGCAGACUAUGUCCCUUCACUUGGCUGUUGGCAUUGGAUGCUUCUGCAUCUCCUCUUUUGUGAUAUAUCAUCGUGAAAAGCAGUUCAUCAACAAAAUCAUGCGCAUCCAUAAACAUACCGAGUGAAGACUUAUUUUCUCUGAUGUUUGAUCAACCAUGACUAUUCAGUUUUCUCGGACAAAGGGCCUGGACGUUGAUACUUGAGGUCCGAUUCUUCAGAUCAGUAACUUUCAUGAUAUAACUUGAAGGCCUGUUUAAAAUUACUUGCCUGCUAAUCAUUCACAGCUUUGGAUUGAUACAAAAUCCUGCACAAGAACUCAAAGACGACACUUCCCAUUUUGUAGUACCUGCUUUUGGAUGUUAACCAAGGGUAUCUGAUGUAUGAGACAUGAAGCUGACUUCUGAUGUUUUUUCACGUGAAGUGAAAUCAAAGUGCUCAAAGUGUGGCCUGUAGUUACUGCGUUGGUUUGUGGGGGUCUUUCACAUUGGAAGAUAGCCGACUUUUGUGGAAUGUAAUGCAGCGGUAGUGUUUUAAGAGCUAUUUUCUGGUUUGGGUCAUCAUUAGAACCUACGGGUGUUAAUCUGCAAAUUUGAAUUAGUUAAAAGAGAAUCAAUUUUAUUUACAUGUCACGCCAAAAUUCUGGGAGAUACAGGAUCUCUAUUUCUCACUUUAUGAUGAUGCUAUGUAAAACUGGUUGGUAUCCACCCCCGUUUGGUUGUUGCCACCGGUACACUGGUGGGCAGAUGAGAGAUUUUAAGGAUAAGGUAAAUCAUCUUUUAAUUCAAAUGGAAUUUCUUUUAUAA